UCGAUUAGCCUUUCCAAAACGCGCAGAGUAGCGCGUGAAACCACUGUAUCCUUCCAAAAGUUCAAUUAUGGAUGGAAGGGUUUUCGGUCGUGGCUGCAACGAACCUCUCUGUUCGAUAAGAAAUCCUCAAACAGAAAUACAACUGUAUAGAUAAUUGGGUACAUACACGACUUAUAAUCACUUGACGAGGAUAGUAAUUGACUUAGACCUCAAAUACGCUAUCAUUUCUCUUUCUUCGUGAUAGAAAGCAUUUUCUCACCAACCCAGCUUCUUUUAUUAUCAAGGUGGUUGGAAUUUCAAGUCUUUCUAUUCUAUUUUUUGCCCUGAAAUCGCUUUUUCAAGUAAUUUUGUGCUAGUUUAUGUUAUCAUUUAGGCUUUUAAGUGAUUUGAUCUUAGGGCUUUGGUGGGCGAGUUGGGAAUUUUGAAGAUCGAAGCAUUUUCCUGCCUGGAAUCGAUUUUCUGGAUCUGUCUUGAGGAUAAAUUUGAGUUAAAGUUAACUAAUACUGGUUGUCAAGGUUAACAGAUGGACAGGGACUGGGAGAGAACCUCUGAGGACGUGCCUCUAUCUGUAGUUCAUGGCCAUGUGGAUAGUGGUUUAGUGGCUGACCAUUCUGUCCAUCCUGCAACAUGUGUGAUGUGCAGAAGAAUUUUUGCACCAGAUACUGAUGAUCUUGAAAAUAUCAGUAUAUGCGGGGACUGUAAAUUUUUGCUCCUUGAAGAUGUGGGGGAUUCCACCCAUGGUUCUCUUCAGAGGAGGCCACAUAGAGGAAGAAGAAAUAGGUACAGCAGCUCUGAGUCAAUUGAAAAUCUUUUUUCUCAACAGUUAUCACAUAUGAUUAAUGUGGUAAGGCAAAACCUCUCCACUGCAUCUGGGCAUGACAAUCAAUCUGUAGAUGGGGAUUCUUCUGUUAGACUGUUGGCGCACACGAGCUCCCGUACAACCUCAGCUGGUUCUAGAAGAUGGCGACAGGUUCUCUCAGACACUGAAAGUGAGGGCUUUGAUAAUUUGGAUUCUGUUUAUGGGGAGAUUGAAACCACUCCCAGCGUCAGUUGGCACAGGGCUUAUCAUGGUGAUAGUGAUGCCAUUUCUUUUAGUGCAUAUGGAGGGGACUCUGAUGUAUCUAUUGAUGGACAUAGUUUCCUGGAUACAGAAAUGUUUAUUCAACCAGAUGAUGGAAGCAAUUUUGAGAGUGAUACUGACAUUGAUCCAAUGCAUGCUGGUCUCAACCACUGGAACUUAGAUGAUGAAGAGGAGGAGGAAGAAGAAGAAGAAGAAGACGAUGGUGAAUGGGAAGAAGCUGAUAUUGAGGAAGACACAAUUCAACCAGUGGUAGCUGGAUCUCAACUUCAAAAUUAUUUGAUUCCAAGUCCAAAUGAAGGUAAUGGCUCUAAUAAUUGGCAUCGGCAGUUUGAUUCUCCUUUUGAGGCCCUUAUUAACUGGAGAAGAAGGCAAAGUAGACAAGCAUCUAACAGGGACAUCUUUGCUCACUUGGAAGCAUCAGAAGUACCACGAUAUGUGGGGAAUUCUGGGGAUUAUCUUGAUGCAAGAGGCUUUGAGGAAUUGCUUCAACAUCUUGCUGAGACUGACAACUCAAGAAGAGGAGCCCCUCCUGCAGCUAUGUCCUUUGUGAAUAGUCUGCCUCUUGUCGUCAUCAAUGAGGAACAUAUGACACAUGAUGGUUUAACUUGUGCAAUUUGCAAGGAUAUUUUAUCCAUUGGCACUGAAGUUAACCAGCUUCCUUGCCUUCAUGUAUAUCACCCUUCCUGUAUUUUGCCAUGGCUUAGUACCCGGAAUUCGUGUCCUCUAUGUAGGUUUGAACUACCAACUGAUGAUAAAGACUAUGAGGAGGGGAAACAAAGCAAUAGCAAUAGAAUAGGGAUACAUGAAGUUCAGCAGCAGGAUGAUGCAAGUGAAGACAGCUCCUCUGAUGUCUCAGAUGAAGCUGAAGCCGAUGAAGUUGGUGAAACCGAGCAAAGGCAGGUUCUAGAUCCGCAUCCUGCUGUAAGUAGCUCUGGAAGAGAAGGCAGCAGGAGGAGAUGGUUUUUUCUUGCUGCUGCUGCUGCUCCAAUUGUCAGUCUAGUUGGUAUUGUUCUUGUGUUUUGGCUAGGAAAUCCUCAAGGGAGAGGACGACCAAUCCGUCAUUGCAUCUUACCUGAAAGAGGGAUUAAUCAAAUUCAAGUUCCCAGCUCGUCUGCUCCCAACCAAAGGGGUAACAGAAGCCGGAGAUGGUGGUCUUUUUUCUAAAUGAUUCAAUGCUUGACUGAUGAGCCUAAUACAGUAUAUUCAUACACGAUUAUUACCAACUGGAUAUUUUUUAGGAAAGAGUAGUAAGGUAAUUUCUUCUUAUGCUAGAAAUUUUUAGUGCUUGGCCUGGAGUUACAAUUUACAACAUUAGUGUGGGAAUUGAACUGGCAAAGUUUCUGAAUGUUUACAGAUGGUCCAAGCUCUUGUGCUGUUUUCUUUUUCACAGUUCAAUGAUUGGAAUUAAUUACCAACAGAAGUAGCAUUUUUGCCACAAUCUUUGAUGACUGGAAAGGGGUUUGGAUAGUAUUUGGGGAAUUUUUGUUUUUGAAUGAUCCGUAUCUCAUUUUGUCGACUUUUGCUGCUGUCUUUGUAUCAGCGAAGGGAUAAGUAGACAGAUUAUUGUAAAGAACGCAUGCAAUAUUAUGCAUGAAUUAUGAAUAGCGUUGCAUUUGUAUAUAGUAUUGACUAGCAAUAUGAUAAUAUUUGAUGAUUGAUUAUUUUC